AGGCAUUUUAGGCCAUCUUGAAGGACCAGCUAAAGCAAACUCAUUUUUCGUCCGGGUAUUUUAUGCGUUCUGCGAGAGACUAGUUCCGGAAAAAUAUUCGCAAUACGCUGCCCGUUGCUCUUUGUGUUCUUUACGUGUGAAAUCAGUGCAAAAACUGUCGCUAGAGACGGCGAAAAGCCCGAGUGAAAAUCAUCAGCAGUAAUCAUGGAGGAAAAAACAACCAUAAAAGAUUUGGACCAGUGGAUCGAACAGCUAAAUGAAUGCAAACAGCUCACGGAGACGCAAGUGAAGACACUAUGUGAUAUGGCAAAAGAAAUCUUAGCAAAGGAAUCAAAUGUACAAGAAGUAAAAUGUCCAGUCACAGUUUGCGGCGACGUUCACGGUCAAUUUCACGACCUGAUGGAAUUGUUUCGGAUAGGCGGUCGUUCGCCAGACACAAAUUACCUCUUCAUGGGUGAUUACGUGGAUCGUGGCUACUAUUCCGUGGAAACGGUUACGUUGCUCGUGUCGCUCAAAGUACGGUACCGCGAGAGAAUUACAAUUUUGCGCGGCAACCACGAGUCGCGACAAAUUACCCAGGUCUACGGGUUCUAUGACGAGUGUCUCCGAAAGUAUGGCAAUCCAAAUGUGUGGAAGUAUUUUACGGAUUUAUUCGACUACUUGCCCUUGACGGCACUGGUUGACGGACAAAUAUUCUGCUUGCAUGGCGGCUUGUCGCCCAGCAUCGAUACUCUUGAUCAUAUUCGGGCACUCGAUAGACUGCAAGAGGUGCCGCACGAGGGACCCAUGUGCGAUUUGUUGUGGUCCGAUCCCGAUGACAGAGGUGGCUGGGGCAUUUCUCCACGUGGCGCUGGCUACACCUUUGGUCAAGAUAUAUCAGAGAUAUUUAAUCAUUCAAACGGAUUAACACUAGUUUCAAGAGCUCACCAGCUGGUUAUGGAAGGUUACAAUUGGUGUCAUGAUCGAAACGUCGUCACUAUUUUCUCAGCACCUAAUUAUUGCUAUCGUUGCGGUAAUCAAGCAGCUUUGAUGGAAUUAGAUGAUUCACUGAAAUUUUCAUUCCUCCAAUUCGAUCCGGCGCCGCGUCGUGGUGAGCCACACGUCACACGAAGAACACCUGACUAUUUCCUUUAAACUGACAAAAAGAUUGCCUCAAACGUCAUCAAAACAGAAACAGAGAA